UAAGAUAACAGUAGUAGUCAUAUGUUCGCUGUGCCUUCGUGAAAACGGCUAAUUUGAUGCUAGUGAAAUUAAAGUGAAUAAGUAUAACAGUUAUCAAUUAAUCACUAAAUUGAGGAAUCAGUGCGGUGCUCCUUGCUAUUUCAAAUGUAUAGUGAGAAAAGUGUGUGUUCCGUGUUACUCGUGCUAGAUUUGUUGCUGCGAUAUGAGAGAUAGGUCGUCGUCGACGAUGCACAACAUCCGGCCGAUGGACCUGAUACUGGAGUCGGGGCACGCGGAGUACCCGCACCGGCAGCGCAGCCGGUCUUCGUCGUGGUCGUGGCGGCGGCACAACGUGCUGUCGCUGCGACCGGAGCCGCGGUACUCGUUGCAACAUGAGACUGAACAGAACAGUUUCCUGCUCAGACUGAAGGUGGUGGGCGCCUACUCCCUCGCCAAGAAGGAUAUCUUUGGUGCUAGUGAUCCAUACGUCCGUGUAGAGCUUCAGACCGUCGAGGGGGAUGUUACGAUAGAAACUUUUUUAACUAAGACUAAGAAAAAGACAUUAAAUCCAGUAUGGAAUCAGGAGUUUAUAUUCAGAGUAAAACCAGCAGAACACAAGCUCCUAAUCCAAGUAUUCGACGAGAACCGUCUCACACGGGACGACUUUCUGGGCAUGGCGGAGGUGCCUCUAGCCGCCGUGGAGGCCGAGCCCGCCGGCGCGCCGCGCCCCGCGCCCGUCAAGUACCCGCUCAAGCCGCGCAGGUCCGUCGCCCGUUCGCGCGUGCGCGGCCACAUCGAGGUAUACCACGCUCUGAUUGGUCGAGUCAGCGACGUGAUUGCGUUGGGGACGACCGAAGACGCGCCGCCGUCGUCCAAUGAGGACUGGGAGCUCGUGGAGCCGACCACUCAGAGGGGAGAUGUGCAACCGGUGGCGCUGGCUGCUUCCCCCGUGGACGACGACGACUGGGAGUUGGUCGACGCUAAUACGAUUGGGGGGGACCCCCUACCUUCAGGGUGGGAGGAGCGACAGGACGCCAACGGCAGGACAUACUACGUGAACCACAUCGCGCGCUCCACGCAAUGGGAGCGGCCUACUUUAACUCGCAACGUGAGUUCCGAAUCGCACUCGGAGCGCAUGGAGAACGCGGCCACGGAGUUCCAGCGCCGCUUCCACAUCUCCAACGACAGCAACGAGCGAGCUGAACAACCCGCGCAGACCCCGCCCGCGCAGCCCCAGGAGGAAGUAAACAAUAGGAGCGGGGAGUCUAACUCGUCAGAAGCCACGCCCUUCUCCACUCCGAUCCGGACGCCCGAACCGGAUCCGGAAACGGAGACGGAAGCCGUCCCGGACAGUCCGGAGAACGACCCGGACCUGCCGGACCACGACACUGCCGUACCGGACCACGCCGGACCGGCUACUGAUGACACUCCGGAACAAACAGAACCGGAAAACCCAGAAACCACUAGUAUAAGCAACGGAAACGACUGUGAUAAUAAUAAUUUAAGAGACACCGCCGAGGACGAUGACGUGGUCUGCGCCAACGAGCGAGCGACAGAGACGGAAACAGCUGAACAGACAGAGACGGAAACAGCUCAAGAGAAUAGUGAUACGAACACCAACAACGAAACAGUACAAGAUGAGACUGAUUCGCGAGCCAUCGACAACCAAACCGACGCCGUUAGCAACGAAGAAGCCAACCCUCAGAGUACUGACGAAGUCGACGCGGACGCAGAUCGAGGGGAACCAGACGGGGUGGCGGAAGAGAAUCAGGAAGUUUUGGAGGUGGACAACGAACUGUUGACGUUUGACGAGAAUCAUUUUAGUACCCCAAUACAAGGCACGCCGCAGAGGUCGCCUCGGCAGCGCCGGCGGCGAACGACUGAUAGUUCUGUGGAUUCUGAGGACGAGGCGGACGCGCGCAGCACGGACAGCACGCGCAGCAGCGCCAGCUCCGCGCCCAGCCAGCCGCUGCCUAAUAGCGAAGGGCUCCCCACGGGCUGGAGCAUGCAGAAGGCGCCCAACGGGAGGAUCUUCUUCAUCGACCACAACGCCAAGACCACCACCUGGAUCGACCCCCGGACAGGUUGUGCCUCAAGCUUACCGCACGUGGCGGCGGGGCGCGCGGGCGACGCGGACUCGCUGGGUGCGCUGCCCGAGGGCUGGGAGGAGAGGGUGCACUCCGACGGACGCAUCUUCUUCAUAGACCACAACACGCGAACAACCCAGUGGGAGGACCCGCGCCUCUCCAACCCGCAGAUCGCGGGCCCCGCCGUGCCCUACAGCCGCGACUACAAGCGCAAGUACGAGUAUCUCAAGAGCCAGCUGCGCAAACCGAGCAACGUGCCCAACAAGUUCGAGAUCAAGGUGCGCCGCUCGUCGAUCCUAGAGGACUCGUACCGCAUCAUCAGCUCCGUGUCGCGGCUCGACCUGCUCAAGACCAAGCUGUGGGUCGAGUUCGAGUCGGAGGUCGGACUUGACUACGGCGGCCUAGCGCGCGAGUGGUUCUUCCUGCUCUCGAAGGAGAUGUUCAACCCUUACUACGGGCUGUUCGAGUACUCGGCCAUGGACAACUACACGUUGCAGAUCAACCCGAGCAGCGGCGUGUGCAACGAGCAGCACCUGCACUACUUCACGUUCAUAGGGCGAGUGGCCGGCAUGGCCAUGUACCACGGCAAGCUGCUGGACGCAUUCUUCAUCCGUCCGUUCUACAAGAUGAUGCUGGGCAAGCAGAUCGAGCUGCAGGACAUGGAGUCCGUGGACCUCGAGUACUACAACUCGCUCAUGUGGAUCAAGGAGAACGACCCGUCAGAACUGGAGCUAACAUUCGCAGUGGACGAAGACCAGUUCGGCAAGACGCAGCAACGGGAGCUGAAGCCGGGAGGCGCGAAUAUCUCCGUAGAUAACACUAACAAGGACGAGUAUAUCAAGCUAGUGAUCUCGUGGCGCUUCGUCUCGCGCGUCCAGGAACAAAUGCUGGCCUUCCUCGAAGGCCUCGGAGCUUUAGUUCCACUUCCUCUGCUGAAGAUCUUCGACGAGCAUGAGCUGGAGCUGCUGCUGUGCGGCAUCCAGCACGUGGACGUGCGCGACUGGCGCGCCAACACGCUGUACAAGGGCGACUACCACGCGAACCACGUCGUCGUGCAGUGGUUCUGGCGGGUGGUGCUCUCGUUCUCCAACGAGAUGCGGUCCCGCUUACUCCAGUUCGUGACGGGCACCUCGCGCGUGCCCAUGAACGGGUUCAAGGAGCUGUACGGCUCCAACGGGCCGCAGCUGUUUACUAUUGAGAAGUGGGGCACGCCGGAUAACUACCCGCGGGCGCAUACUUGCUUCAACCGCAUCGACCUGCCCCCGUACGAGAGCUACCAGCAGCUUCGCGAGAAGCUCGUGAAGGCCAUCGAGGGCUCGCAGGGCUUCGCUGGCGUCGACUGAGCCCGAAGAUGCACGAACAUUCCCGAACAUAACCGAAGGACGUCACGGGGUAUUGGUAGGGGGAACGGCCUAUUUUGUUGUGUAAUGUUGGUACAGUUUAGGGUAAAGAAUGCGGAGUAUUUGAAGUAUUGUCACUCUGAGAGGGGUCAUUUCUGUGUUUUAGUUUUGUCGACAGCAUAGCUCGAUGGUUUUUCAGAAUACCUUAAUGUCUGGUUUACUGAACGAACACCUAAAUAUAUAGUUGAAUUUUAAUUUUUAAUUAAUUCUGGAUAUACACUAGAUGGCCAAACUCUGUAUGGCGCUAACGCCACGUUUUUAAAGAUAAUAUCGCUGUGAUUGAUAAAUAUAACUUAAUUUUUUACAUUUUCUGUAUGACAAUCCUUUGAUCGAUGUAUUUAUACUACACACAUGCUUGAUACUCUUUCGAUUAGAGCUAUGGUAUCGAUGAAAAAAAACUUCAUAAAUAAGAUAGCAUUUUUGAUACAGAAGCGCCCUAACUACAUAAUAAAGAAUUAAAUUAAAACGUCUGUAUACGACCGAUAAGUUUAGUCACUCCAUUGAUGAAAACAAAAUGAUUAAUGAAACAUGAUUGUAUGAUUUAGUAACAAAGCUUUUAAGACGUAUCAGAUGUUAUAAUUUUAUUAUUAGUAAGGAAUUGAGGUUACAUUUCUCCUAUAUUAUGAUGAUGAUGAUUGGUUUUACUGGUAUUAAAGUAAUGUUGUUAUUUUUAAAAUAAUGCAGGUUGCUACUGAACACUUAUGCAGCAUAAUUUUGUAUGUUCCAUAGCAAUAGUAAGUGAAUAGCAGAUGAAAACAAUGGUCUCUCAAAACUUAUGACUGAAAUAUUAAGAGACCCCAUUCCCCAACCUGCUGUAACUAA